AUGCAUUUGAAUGUAUCCGAAAUCAAUGAUAUGCGUCUCAGUCCGCUCGUCAUGAAUUUACACGAAGUUGUAUUAGUGCGAUCUUCUGUAACUGAGAACAUAUCAUCUCCUCUCAUUCCUACGCCGAUAGCAGCAAAGGUUACCCGAUCACUUGCCCUGCAUCUCUCAACAUGCUUGCCAAUACUCGUUACCUCUGCCCCAUCAUCCGGGAAGACGUUGCUUCUUUCUCAUCUGGCGGAAACUCUGUUUCCUCAUGUCCAAAACCAGUUACUAUUCAUUCACCUUGCAGACACAUCACCCGAUCCUCGCUCUCUCCUUGGUUCACACGUCUCAUCACCAAGUCAGCCAGGAACCUUCGAACGGAAGGAAGGUACACUAGCCCGAGCAACGCGGGAAGGAAAGUGGGUUGUGUUCAAGAAGAUCGACCGAGGCAGUAAUGAGGUCCUGGCUUUGAUCAAGCCGUUCAUUGCGAGACUUGGAUUGGAUAAAUGGACAGGAGCACGUGCAUCAUUAGAAGUCGCAGGUGGAGGCGAAGUGGUGGCUGCGGAUACAUUCGCAAUCUUUGCAACCCGCCCUACUUUAUCUUCUCGAAACGGUACCUUCACUACCCCCACAUUCUAUGGAGCACAUAAGCUGCACGAGGUGGUCGACGCGUCGCCUACAACAGAAGAAUUAACGUUGAUUGUCCAAUCGCGUUACCCUCGUUUAUCAAGUCAAGCCACGAGUGGCCUGAUCCGCCUUUGGCAAGCAGUCAAGGAACUCGGAACCACAGUGUCCACAAGGGAUGUCGGUGUACGAGAAGUGGAAAAGUUUUAUGUACGGGUGGAGCAGCUUAUAUCGUCCUAUCCGGACGAUGGUUCUUCCACGUCCGAUGAGGAUCUCCCAUUAUAUUCCAUCUUCCCGACCACUUCAUUCCACGAAGAGAUAUUUCUUCUAGCCCGGGACGUGUUCUUCGGUUCCGGUGUAACUGCUUCUGCCUGA